CUUUAUACCCACAGGGCCGUUACAAAAGAAGGUGACGGACACGCGUUAAGCGGCAGCCAUGAAGCAACUCCGGUCGAUUCUUAUCGCCUCCGCCCUCCUCGCCGCGUCGCUUCUCUUCUCUUCCUCCUCAUCCCUCUCGACCUCGACGGCGGAGGAGGGCGCCGCCGUCUACAUCGUCUUCGUAGACGAGCCCGUGGGCGAGAAGCCCGAAGCCUUCCACAUCCGAACCCUCGCCGCUGUCCUCGGGAGUGAGGAGUCAGCAAGGCGUGCCAUCCUCUUCCAUUACACGCAUGCGGCGAGCGGGUUCGCGGCGAAGCUGACGCCGAAACAGGUCGAGGAAUUGAAGAAGCAACCUGGUGUCAUUCAAGUUAUGCCAAGUAGGACCUACAGCAUCCAUGAACCCACUAGUGGUGCUCAGGUGAGUGUUAUUUGAGAUACUUGGGAAUCUGCCUUCUACUCUUUUUCUUCAUCUCCUUUUGUUGUCGAUGUUGUUUGGAUCUCCGAAUAAGUGUGAAAAAUCCAUAUGGUGGUGUUACUUUUAAGUUAGCAAUGGAUGUUGAAAUAUUUGAUCAUUUUUUUUUUUUGUUGAACAGUAGAUUUUGAAAUGUGGUAAGUAUAUUUACUGAAGAUAUUACAUGGCCGUUUCUUUA